AAAGCCAACGAGCAAUGUUGAAAUUCGUAGUUAUCGCCGUUUUGUUGCCGGCAGCCAUUUUUGGCUUAGCUGUUCGACCAUGUCCCAACAAUGCCCCGGUGCCGCUCGAGGUUCGCGUCAUCGAUUGCUACGAGGAACCAUGUGUGAUUCCGCUCGGCGGAAUGGUCGACAUGGAUCUGGAUUUCAUUCCGGACCGUGACAGUGCAACGGUCGAGGCUGCGCUCAACAUUUUCCUGGGGAACUUCCGCGUGCCGUACGACCUGCCAGAGGAUCAACGCGAUGCGUGCAAUUUCUUCGCCGGACGAGGCUGCCCGAUCAGUCAAGGAGAGAAGAUCAACUACCACCUGAGCACUCCGGCCUCGGCCCCAUUCGCUGGUGUUACCGUCGAUUUGGAACUCCAGCUGACCGGGGACAACGAUGAACCACUGUUCUGCUUCCGAUCAUCUGCCACAAUCAUCGCCGCCUAGGACUAAGUCG